AUAUAGCAGCCAAAAGUUCUCUCUAUGGGUAAAGAUCAUUAGUAUAUACAUACAUAUUUAUGUGUGUGUUUUAGGCUUAAAGAUCAGAGUUUUCCAAACUCCAAAUUUAUGCAUUUUUACAAAACUAUUUUAGGAGGUAGGUUAUAAGUGAAGGCCCACCACUCCCGUCUCCUUUUUUAUAUCUCUCAACCGUUCAUAGCCACCGCACAUUUCUACCUUCGCUCCCACUGCCAUUCCAUUAUCACUUGCUCCCCUUUCUCCCAAGAAACAAAGGAAAUUAUGCUGCUACGUGGCAUCAUCAUCUCCAAGCCUCUGCCUGCCCUUCGCUUCAACUCCACUCCUCUCCAAAACGCACCGCGUUCCUACCGCCCAUUGGCCAUCACCGGCCGCUUCUCCAUUUCCGACGGGGACCUUCAAUCCCGAGGCUUCACCCUCCGCCGGACCAUCUCCGGCCUCGACCUCGACCAACUCAACUCCGUCUUCGUCGCCGUCGGCUUCCCCAGGCGGGAUCCUGAGAAGAUAAGAGUGGCGCUGGAGCACACCGACGCCUUGCUGUGGUUAGAGUACGAGAAGACGCGGAGACCGGUGGCGUUCGCUAGGGCCACUGGGGACGGCGUCUUCAACGCCAUCAUUUGGGACGUUGUGGUGGAUCCCUCGUUCCAAGGAAUUGGCCUCGGCAAGGCUAUCAUGGAGAGACUGAUAGAUGAGCUGUUGAGUAAAGGGAUUCGCAAUAUUGCUCUGUACUCGGAGCCCCGAGUUGUCGGGUUUUAUCGACCCCUGGGCUUUGUAGCCGACCCGGAUGGGAUCCGAGGCAUGGUCUACUCCAGAAAACAGCGGAAGAAAAAAUAACACACUUGAAAAUGUUCCCAGGUUUUAUUUAUCUGCGGAAGUAAUUACUUUUUCCUUUGAAAAUUUUAUGUUGUAGUAAGCAUCAACCAGGAAUAGAUGAAAAGAGAAUAGAUCUAAAACAGUGAUUUGAUUUGUGUAGAAGAUGAUUUUAUUACUGAAUACCCGGAUAUGAAGUCAUAUAUUACAUUGCAAAGCUUGAAACCUA